GUGGGCACAGGUGGGUGGCACUGGUGGGCACAGGUGGGUGGCACUGGUGGGCACAGGUGGGUGGCACUGCUGGGCACAGGUAGGUGGCACUUCUGGGCACAGGUGUGUGACACUGCAGAGUGGCACAGGUGGGUGCACUGCUGGGCACAGGUGGGUGCACUGCUGGGCACAGGUGGGCGGAACUUGCGGGUGGCACUGAUGGGCACCGAUCAUCAGGGCACUGAUCAUCAGGGCCCUGAUGAUCGGUGCCGAUCCCUGCUCUGACAACUGCCGGUUCUCGGCAGUACUUUCCUCACGAUCUGACAGCGUGAGGAAAGUGCAGCCGAGAACCGGCACUUGCAU